UAAAGUCGAACUGACAUGGUUGCGGGCCGAAGCCUGGACACAAGAUAGGAGUUCGAAUGGGGUAGUUUUUGUUCAGGAAAUAUCUGACACUCCUUGUCACCACCACGCCAGGCGUCAUUUGAUGAUUGUCUAUCGUCACAAAAAGGGGUCGAGCAAAUUCUUGGUUUUAUUUUUUAUUGUCAAGUAUUUCUUGGGCCCCAAGUUCUAGCCUAUCCGAUGCUAUGUGCAAUAUGAACAAAACCAUCUAAAAUAGCUAUCUAUUAGUCAUAUUCUAGUACAAUCUCCGACUGUUAAGGUCCCUCAAAGUCAUCCCUCGUGCACUAGUCUUUUGCGACCUCAUAUUUAGCCUCACGGCAUGCAUUCCUUUCGCCACCACUAUCUACUCGGCCAGUAGAUAAAGUAGCAAUAAUAAAUAAUUACAAUAGUUUUAAGAAAACAGAUGAAAGACGUGUGUGUGCGACAAUGUGUGUUAAAAUACAUAUUACAGUGGUCAAGGAGAUCACAGAAUCAUGUAAUAUAUAGUAUGCUUAACAUAAUUGUACUUAAGUAAAUUAUUUCCUUACUCCAACCCACAUUGAUUACUCGGUCAGAGGUUACAGAUAAGUCCAAUAAAACGAACCACUGAACAAAAGAGUAUUUGCUAAAUUUACACCAUAAUGCGUUAGUGUUAAAAAUGUUUCAUAAAAUGAAGUGUUUUCUCCUUAUUACUUGUGUAUUCAUAUUUGGCAUCGAGUGUAAGAAGGUUAAUAGGAGAUCGACUGAAGAUAAAGAUGGUGGGAAGAGUAGCUUGGCAUUUAUUUUCGAUACGACUGGUUCAAUGUACAAUGACUUGAGACAGCUACGGGAGGGAGCUGAAAUGAUCCUGAAUACUGCUCUACAGGAGAGUGGUGUCAUCGCUGACUUUGUCUUUGUGCCGUUCCAUGACCCCUUGGUUGGCCCAGUAACAGUGACAAAGAAUAAAAGGGUGUUCCAAAGAGCGUUAAACAUGGUCCAUGUUCAGGGUGGAGGUGACUGUCCUGAGAAGUCUUUGACGGGAAUACAGCUAGCUCUGAAUGUCAGUAGACCAAGGUCAUUUCUUUACGUGUUUACGGACGCGACCGCUACCGACCAUCGCAUUGUUGGCAAAGUACUGGAUGCUAUACAACGAAAGCAGAGUCAGGUGGUGUUCAUACUAACCGGUCACUGCAACGAUUUGAAGCGACCCUCGUACAAAGUGUACCAGCAAGUCGCUGCAGCCAGUUCUGGCCAAAUAUUCAACUUGAAUAAGACCAAUGUGCAUAUGAUGCUGGAUUUCGUAAAGAAUUCUAUAAAAGGUCGCACUGUGAAUUUAGCUUCUGUAUCAAACCCUCCGGGAUAUAAUUAUACUCAAGAGAUUCCAGUGGACAGCACUUUGGGAGAGGUCACGGUGUCUGUGUCGGGAGCGAAGCCGAAGAUCUCUGUAAUAGACCCUAAUGGCGAAAAACUGACUGGACCCCCUAAACUGAUCACCACACUUGACCUUUCCGAGAUUAUGAUAGUGAAAGUGAUGCAGCCGGAGCCUGGGAACUGGACGGUGACAGUGGGCAGUGAGAAGGAGCACUCAGUCAAAGUGGUCGGACUGUCCAAUGUGACCUUCAACCACGGGUUCUCAGUGGAACAGCCUAAGUCUAUGAAGGAAACCAGUUAUAGACCCUUGAAAGGCACAUACAACCACAUGCUGAUCUCGUUGUCACCACCAAAUGUGACGGCUAGCAUACAGUACGCGCAGAUAUUGACUCUAGACGGACGCUCGCUCUUUGAACUACCCCUUAAACAAAUCGACAACAACUUGUACAGUGCAGACCCAUUCAUUCCACCUGACGACUUCUUCUAUAUCGCUAUCAAUGGCCAAGACAAGUACAAGCAGGACUUGCGAAGGAUAGGUGCAACUGCGAUACAAGCACAGUUACCGGAUGUCCCCUACCUAACAGCAUCUAGAAAGGUUGAAGCGCAUUCCCACUCGCGAGUAGUGUUAUCGUGUUCUGUGGAGAGUUUGGUGCCGGUUACUGCUAUGUGGACUAAGGACGGAACGAAAAUGUAUAAACAGAUCACCAGCUUCUCACUGGCUGGCAUUGGCGCUCGCAUUGGCGUUGCUACUUGCGCUGCGCCGCCGCCGGAGUUGGAAGCAAACGUUCGUUAUGUCUGGCAGAAGGCGCGUUGGGCUGCCCAAGAUAUCUCCGUGACCGCGCACGCUGCUCAUGAGGAAGAACCCCUCUUGGGUACGAAACUAGUAGAGCUUUUCUCAGUAUAUUCACGUGAACAAACAACGUCGAUAGACUUCGUGAUAGAGAAUAUGAAAGAAGAAGAUGUCGGUACAUAUAGAUGUAUCGCUCACAAUAUGGCUGGGGUCAGCAGGACUAGCACCGUACUCGACCUUAUUGUUGAGCCACCUCAAAUAACUAUGGAACCGGAAAAUACUACGGAAUUAGAAGUAGGUGACACUUUAACAAUAUCCUGCACGGUGUACAGCGAAGCACUCUUGUUAGAAAACCGACUGAUCUUCAAUGGGAGUCAAACAAAUUAUAGUAUGUAUGCCUAUACUGCUACCGAAAUAGACAAGGAGCCUAAAUUAGAAGGAGUGUACCCGUAUAAGAAAACUAUUAAAAUAGAUUCUGAUACUGUUGGCUUGUACACGUGUAUCGCUGCUAACAGAGGUGGCAAAACAAACCAAACAACGCUUAUAAAACUGAAAGCAGAUCCAACUGCACAAAUAUUAGGCCCUCACACACUGUCAAAGAAGAUUAACUCUAGCAUGCAGCUCGUAUGUACUGUGGAUAACGCGGGCACUGUCGUAUGGACCGCGCCUAAUGGGACUGUGGUCAGGUCCAGAGAUGUUACAGGACCUACUAAUGACAUGCUAGAAGUAAAGAAUGUUACUAAUGAUGGUGAAUGGACAUGCUCGGCGGUUAGAGGAUCUCGUAGAGGUAUGGAUAAAGUGAGUGUAAAUGUCCUAAUAAAGCCAGUAGUCAGUAUAAUAGGUUCAAAGAACAUAACGAUACUGAACGCUACUGUCGUCGAAGUGACUUGUGAAGUGGUCGCUAAGCCAUCGCCGCGGAUAUUGUGGCACAGAGAGACUGAGACUUUUCUCAAUAAUACUAUUAAACAAAUACAACCGAAUGUAUACCGAAGUGUAUUGAAAUUGAAUUCAAGUGCGGACUCUGUGGCCGCCACUUACUUCUGCUUUGGAGAAAACUCUGAAGGCAUACAUCAAGACAGUCUGACCGUCCAUGUUCGGAGAAAGAUGAAGUUACUUCAUGGAUUCGAAGAUCAAUCAGUGCAGCUCUAUUAUCAAGUUGAACUGCAGUGUGUUAUCGAUUCUUAUCCUUUGCCCAACACUAUUUGGUACCAUAAUGGUACUGAACUAGUCACUAACAGUAACGUACAUGUUUCCGAGGACAACUCUACAGUGUAUUUAAAAAGAAUCGAGUUUAAUGACCUUGGUGGCUACACCUGUAUAGCCGAUAAUGGCUAUGAAAAUAUAAUAGUGACUGGAACAAUUGGUGUCACUGGUUUAGCGGCUCCCGUUAUAUCUAAAGAGUUGACAAAAAUAACUGCCCGCUCCGGCAACUCUACUAAAAUCACAUGUAGAGUUCUCAAAGGCAGCCCAGAGCCUACAAUAUCUUGGGAAUUUAAAAAGCAAUCGUCGGAAGAAUUUGCUACUUUACCUGAUGGCGUGGUCAAUAAUGAGAAGGAACUUAUUUUAAGUAAUACAGCGGAAGAACAAAGUGGUGUGUAUCGGUGUACCGCAGUUAAUGUGAUCGGGAAAGACGUUUAUGAUGUCAUCCUAGUAGUACAAUAUCCACCUCGCAUUGAUAGUACUUUAGAAGGCGUUAAUAAGCCUCGAGAGGUAAAGCUGGGGAAUGAAGUGAAAUUCUCCUGCAAAACGGAGGGAUCCCCUCCCCCUAUACUAGUGUGGACUAAGGACACACGUCCUCUGGUGUACUCUGACAACAUACUACUUUCAGAUACAAAUGAACUCUCAAUAAAGAGUGUGUCAGCGUAUGAUUCAGGCACUUACACUUGCACUGCGACUAGUACGGUGGGCUCUACACAUAAGGACUUCACACUGAUCGUAUACGACCCGCCCAAAGUAACAUCUGCCCCUGAAACUUUACUAGAAGUACUAGAAGGGCAACGAGUUGAGUUACCCUGUAGUGCACAAGGAGUCCCAUUACCAAUAGUGGAGUGGACACAAAAUGGUGCACCAUUAUCUGAUCACAGGAAAUAUGUUGACGAGUAUGGAUUGAGUGCUAACGACAUUGGCAAUUUAUAUAUAACUCAAGUGAAACAUAACCAUGAAGGUUUAUAUGUGUGCGUAGCUGAAAACAAUGGCGGUAUUGCUGAAAAAAGUACUUACCUCAAAGUUAAUGAACCACCGAAAAUUUUAGAGGACAAUUACACUGGACCGUAUUUAGCUACAACAAUGGAUACGGCACUCACAAUCGCUUGCCGAGCUACUGGGAAACCUAAACCUUAUGUCGUGUGGUCUAAAGACGAAUUUUAUUUGAAUAACGGUGUCCAUGAGCGCCGCCGAUUGCUUACCAUCAGGUUAUCUAUAUGCGUGUUUAUCAACUUAUCCAAUAUAAAAAAAAAACUUUACAAUAAUCAAUCAAUGACUGUUUUAGAUCCUCGAUACACCAUAGAUUUAGACGGUACAUUGACGAUCAAGUCUCCCUCAGAAGAUAUGAGCGGCAACUACACUUGUACUGUGAAGAAUUCCAUCGGAGUGGUGAAUAAGACGGUACCUGUUGAAAUAUAUUCAAUUCCGGUUCACUCACAAUCAGAAGAGAGCUUGUCUUCAUUGACGCUGGUAGAAGGAACUAACGCUACGGUCGAGUGUCCCGUCACAGGCUCGCACUCACUCAAAUGGUAUAAGAAUGCGAACGUGAUAUCAUCAGGAACUCUUCUUCUAACAAACGUGUCUCGCCACAACACAUCUACAUAUACUUGUGUAGCAAGAAAUGUAGUUGGUUCUGCUUAUGCUAAAGUACAAAUCGUGGUUGAAUGGCCUCCAGCUUUUGUAGACCAUACUUCGACCAGUGUGGAAGUGUUAAGAGGAGACGACUGGUACUUCGACUGCGCUGCCGAUGCAAAACCUAGGGCUAAGACUAAAUGGAUGUUCAAGUCCAAACCUCUAGUGUUUGAAGAUAAGCCCCGUUUGAAAAUGAUCAAUAUACAGCCUCAUAACGCGGGCGAAUACAAAUGUAUAGUCAGCAAUGUACAUGGGACGGCCAUCAAACUGUUCUCUUUGAACGUCUUGAUUCCUCCAUUUAUAUCGGAAUUUGAUAUGUUGGACGUACAGCUGAAGGAAGGCGUUAAUGCGACAUUACAGUGUAAUGCUAGAGGAACGCCACAGCCUACACUUACAUGGACAUACAAUAACACAAACUGGCAUGAACAGAACUCUCAGUUGUCUAGUACAAAUAUAACGAGGCAGUCAGAAGGUAUAUAUCGCUGUGACGCAGUGAACAAGGCUGGAGCCACGCACAUAGUGUACAGGGUGACUAUAGUCGCCCGGUCGGAGAUCCAAGAUAUUGUAGCGUUCACCAACGGGGAAGGUGUCAAUGUUGAAGGAAGCGUGGAAGUUGUGCAAGGAUCACGUUUACGUGUAACCUGCAAAGCUGCAGGGAAUCCGAUCCCAGAUAUACAAUGGAUACAUCAAGGGCGCGUAGUCAGUGAGAAUUCAUACGACAUCGACUAUGCAGAUUUGAUACUUAAUGACGUGCAAUUGGCUCAAAAUGGUCUCUAUACUUGCGUGGCCAGUAACGAAGGAGGUACUCACGAGAAGAAGAUCAAAAUUGAUGUACUUGAGCCACCAAAAAUAUUCCAAGAAUUAUUCCAAAAUGCAAACGUAACAUCGAAUGAAGUUCACCUAGAAGUUAUAUCGGGCCAAUCGUUCUACCUCCACUGCCAUCCUUAUGGAAACCCACAGCCAGAAAUCUACUGGUUCAAAGACGAUUUACCAUUAAAGUUUUUUGAUGAUGCCAUGGUUUCUACGGACUUCGGAGAAGUGAUUGUAGCAAAGAAAGCGGUACAGGAACAAUCGGGAAAUUACACUUGUGUCGCUAGAAAUAAGGUCGGAAAUACAAGCGUGGUUUAUUUGGUCGAUGUUUUGGUCCCUCCGCCGUCACCGAAAGAAUCUACCAAAAAGAUGACGAUUGGCUUUGGAAAGCCACUGGUGUUAACUUGUCCAGCAGUGGGCAGCCCUUUGCCCAGCGUCAUGUGGGUGAAGCACCCCUAUUCAGAAAUAAGUGGGAAUGAUCGAGUACACCUUACUGAUGAUAAUUUUACUAUGGUCAUAAACAAAACAGAAGUGACGGACGGUGGUAAGUACUCCUGUAUUAUGACAAACAAAGUCGGUACUACAGAGGUUAUAUAUGACGUCACGAUACACAAACCACCGUCCAUUGCUGGUAAUGCUGGCAAUAAUCUUGUGGAAGGACACGUAGUCGCUUUGAAAAGAAGCAUUGUAUUAAAAUGUGAAGCUGACGGACAUCCAAUGCCGAAGAUUACAUGGUUGAAGGACACGCAAAUACUAAGUGAGAGUUUAGCAAACAUACAACGUGUUUUGGGCAACAGUUUGUUGGCUAUAUGGAGCGCUAAUGUCAGAGACGCGGGACAAUACAUUUGUGUAGUGGAAAAUGAAGCUGGUACUGCUCAUCGAAGGUACAAUGUUGCAAUACAAGACAGUUCUUCAAAAUCAGAGAAAAUAAUCCUUGAUCAAACAGCGUGUAGAGGCCCGACAGUCGAUAAAAGGAGAUGUCAUAUGCCUCCUUGCGAUGUGGACGAAUCAAAGCCCCGCUGGUCGAUGUGGUCCCAGUGGUCGGAGUGUUCAGCAACAUGUGGAGUAGGGACUCAGGCGCGGACCCGACGGUGCAAGACUAAAGCCAAGUGCGAGGGAGAUAAUGUACAGAUAAAGAAGUGUCCGGACUUACCGCUGUGUAGUCCUGCAUUAAACCAAAAUAAUGUUAACGAAGUUAUUGAUAACAAUACCAACAAUGAGGACAACAGCGACCCUGAUUCUUACCUUCCAGAUCUUACCUAUGAAAUACAGCCAGAAACUAUCAACUCAUAUUCCUCUCCGGACGUCGAAGAAUUUUAUAGCACAUCAGGGUCACAAGCUACUACAGUUUUCUUCGAUGUUAGCGUGACGGAGAAUUUGGAUCACAGUGAUAGAGGCCCAUGUGAUCCUGGAUAUAGGCACAAUGCUUCAUAUAAUACUUGUGAAGAUAUAGACGAGUGUCUGUUCGAGACCAACCAGUGUCACUCGACGCAGGUGUGUGUCAACACGGACGGGGCGUACCGGUGCUCCUGUACUCCGGGGUACCUCGCCCUGGCGGCCGGACAGAGGUGUCUAGACAUAAACGAGUGCGAGUUGGAGACGGACGGGUGUUCGCAUUCAUGCGUGAAUACAGCGGGCGGGUACGCGUGCGCGUGUCCACGACAUUUGCGCCUGCAUAUAGACAAACAUCAUUGUGUUACACCCGCGUUGUACCGAAGACCGCUCAGCGAGUUAGAGUCUGAAUACCUGAGCACCACAAUAGACUUUCCAACGAAAUACACUAAAACUAUAAGAAAUACUAAAUCUUGACAACUUCUGUAUGGUUUUCCUAGAAAAUAAUUAAAGAUGAAAUUAAAUAUAAUUAU